UUUUCUUCUCCCUUUCCUUAUCCUUGUCCCUAGUCCCUACCCACACGCACCCCGCUCGACCAAGCUCCCGCGCCCGCGGCCGGCGCCCUCACGCUCCCGCGGCUGGGCCUGGCGCCCGCGCCCGUGGCCGUGGUCGGCGCCUCCAAUCUCACAGCUUGGCUCGGGACCAAGAGGCGAGGGAUACGCCCUGCGCGAGUGCGCGCUCGGCAGAACGAUGCCGCUGCACUGUUCCCUGCCCGCGACCUGUUCGGCGUUGUGCCUGCGAGCAGCGGCGCGGCCUGACCCCCGCUGUCCGAGCUCCCACGCGCGCCUCGUCGGCCUAGCUCUUUCUCGCCCGCGCCACCAGAGGCUCGUGCACACCGGCUGCGCGCGGGCCGGGACGAGCGACUCUAAGGCCGUGCAGCUGGUGCUGGGCGGCCGUGCGCGCAGCGACGAUGACGACACUGACUCCGAGUCCAGCGAUGGCGAGGACUCCCAGGAUCGGAUGACGGACGAAGAGCGGAAGACGCUGCGCCGGAAGAUACGGGAGAUGAUGGACCGCGUCCCUGAAACGGCGGGGCUGACGGACCCGGAGGAGCGGAGGGCCAAGAUGCGGGAGCUGCUGACCAAGUACGAGCUGGUGGUAGAGGAGGAGGACCCGGACUGGCCCGAGGACGCCGAGGAUGGGAUGGGCUUCAGCCUCGGCCAGUUCUUCGACAAGAUCACCAUCAAGGCCGAGAAGAAGGACGACGCCGAGGAGGAUGAUGACUCGGGGUAUCAAAGCGACAAGGAGAUUGUUUGGGAGGAUGACAAUUACAUCAAGCCGGUGAGGGAUGUUAGGACACAGGAUUGGGAUGCGUCCGUGUUCACCGAUUUCGGGCCGAUGAUUGUGCUUGUGCAUAACAGAUAUAAGAGACCGCGGGAGAAUGAGAUGGCGAGGGCUGAGCUUACUAAGGCAAUUGAGAUGUUUUGGGAACACAAUCUGCCGUCACCAAGGUGUGUGGCUGUAGAUGCCUGUGCCGAGCCUGACCUUGUGGACGCGCUGAAAGUUUCUGGUUUCCCUGAGAUUCUCUUCACCAAUGCAGGGAGGAUAAUACACCGUGAGAAAGUUGUCCGGUCGGCGGAGGCAUGGUCGAGGAUGAUGGCGUUUUUCUACUACAAAGCAGCAAGGCCACCGUUCUUGUGUGAAGCAGAUGGGAAGGGUCAAGAAAAGGUUCCUUUGAUGUCAUGAGCACAACGUGGAGGCUUAGCUUUGUAGUACAACUAUUUUAGUGCUUCGAAGUUCGAAUCAAAUUUUUAGAAAAUCAAUGCAGUUUGUUAGAACUUCACAUAUGUCAUUAGGAAGUUUAUGCUGUUAGGACUAAGAGUUGAAACUUACAACUAUUAUGAGAAAAAUACAUUAAUCAGCCUCUUUUAUUACA